AUGGAGUCCGAACUCCAAGACAUAAAUUUCAAACCAACAAAACAACCCGACCCCGUUCACGACGACCGUCCUCUUCUCAAAACGAUCACAGUCUUCGCUUCCGACACCGAAGAACUCGAGAAUAAAUUCGCCGCGUAUGUCCGACGCGAUGUUUAUGGAACAAUGGGACGCGGCGAGUUACCGACGAAGGAAAAGGUGUUAUUGGGGGUUGCAUUGGUGACGCUUGUUCCGGUGAGAGUGGUUGCGGCAACGGCAUUGGUGUUGUUGUAUUAUUUGAUUUGUAGGGUUUGUACAUUGUGUUCUGUUCCCAAUCGUGAGGAUGAACAGGAGGAUUAUGCGCAUUUAGUUGGAUGGAGAAGGAUCGUUAUUGUUCAGUGUGGGAAAGCUCUUUCUAGGCUUAUGCUUUUCAUUUUAGGGUUUUAUUGGAUUACGCAAUCAUGUCGCGUUGAAAGCCCUACCUUCAAUGAGGAAAACAACCACCAGCCUGAAGAGACAGGAAGACCCGGUGUAAUAAUAUCUAAUCAUGUAUCAUACGUAGACAUUUUGUAUCACACGUCUAAAUCAUUCCCAAGUUUUGUUGCUAAGAGAUCGGUGGCUAGACUUCCUCUAAUUGGUCUCAUCAGUAAGUGUCUUGGUUGUAUCUAUGUUCAGCGGGAGUCCAAGACAUCAGACUUCAAGGGUGUUUCAGCUGUUGUCACUGAAAGAAUUCGAGAAGCUCAUCGAAAUACAUCUGCUCCAAUGAUGAUGUUAUUUCCAGAAGGUACAACCACAAAUGGAGAAUAUCUCCUUCCAUUCAAGAGUGGUGGUUUUUUGGCACAUGCACCAGUACUUCCUGUAAUUUUAAAUUACCGUUACAAGAGAUUUAGCCCUGCUUGGGAUUCCAUAUCUGGGCUGCGUCAUGUGAUUUUUCUUUUCUGUCAGUUUGUAAAUUAUAUGGAGGUGACAGAGUUACCUAUGUACUCUCCCUCACAAGAGGAGAAGGAUAAUCCCAGACUAUAUGCAAAUAAUGUUAGAACGUUGAUGGCUACUGAGGGUAAUUUGAUACUUUCAGAUAUUGGGCUAGCUGAGAAACGAAUAUAUCACUCUGCACUUAAUGGUUUGUUUCCCCAAUGCUAA